AUGGGGCACAGAAAAUCAAGGAAACGCCAAGUCAGUGAAGUCAAAGAAGGGCAGGAACAAGGUAAACUGAGAAUGCGUUCAGAGCUGGGUCACAGUAAGGUAUUUGCAACCGUCUUCACAAAUACCUACUGCAAGGUAUGUAGCCUAUCUAAAGGGAUGAAAUAAUUCAUAUUAUCAGCCAUUAUGUCUCCUACUCAGAAUUGGGUUUUACAUCUUGAUAUGACCUGGAAACCAUUAAAAUGUGUGCUGGAAUCUAAUCUAAGCCACCAUGAGCAGAAUAAAAAAGCUAUUCCAUGAAAGGAGAAACUAGCUGUGCUGUCUCCAUCAUAAGUUUCAGCUAAAUAAGGAGGUUUGAUGCAACAGAAUGGGGAGGGGAGAGUGUGACAGGAGUGUUGAAUGGGGAUCUGAGGAGCGCAAUGGCAAGGAUCCCUAAGGCAGCAGACUGUGUUACGUCAGCUGACACCCCCAUUCCAGUGGUUGGUCUACCACUUUCAGUUCCCAGCUCAGCCAGAAGCCUGAUCACCAUCUGCCACUGGUAGACACCCCAUCCAAGGCCUCCAAUUUAGGGUGCCAGUUCUCUUCUCCUGAACAGUGCAAUAAAAGAGACUGCAUUUCCCAUUCUCUCUUACUGCUUGUCAGUGUUAGCAAUUAAAGGACCACGGCUAUUUUUAUAAGGUGCAUCUGACCACCACCAUCUAUGCACUUAUCACCUGACCUGUCAACAUGGCAGGAAAGGAUUACUGCAUGACCAGUGCAUGCUUUGAAGCUGUGCAGCCCAAGAGUGCCCCAAGGGAAGAAAUAUAAUCCCUUUCCAGGAAUGCUGCAAAUGCUUCUAAGUGUGCACAAUUAAUACCAAAAGAGAAGCACUGACAGCUGCCAUUUAGUCACUGUACUAAGGUGCACUUAGGGAUGAUCCAACCUCUCCAUUGUAGGCCUAUGGAUGCCAAUCGAUGCUGUUUUUAGAAAUCCUGGCUUAAAGGUUAUGUCUUGUAAAGCCGGCGUGGGAUACCUGUGACCCUCCAGACCUUGUUGAACUGCAUUUCCCAUCAUUCCUGACCUGUGGCCAUGCUGGUUGGGAUUAAUGGGAGUUGGAGGCUGUGGCGAUCACACAGGGUCCCCGGACAUUUCACCAUCUAUUGAUCCCUGUGCCACCACUUUAUUUCUCUCUGCCACCACCCAGGCCCUACCUGGGACAAUACUGAGUCCAAUCAGGGUUAAAUUGGAACAUAAACUUCUGUUUAUUUAUUGCAGUUUAACAAGCGUAUGGUUUCAUAAAUGGUAUCGGUCAAUUACAUUCAUGGGGUGCCUAUCCAGACCUAUAACUUUUGCUACCUGCUCUCACUCACUAAACCACCUCUCAGAUAUUUACUUAACUCAACCUACCCACACUCUAUCCCAAUUCACUCCCACUCCAACCCAACCAACCACCCAACUCCCAACGAACUCUCCAACGAACUCCCCCUUUGCCCCUCCCAGAGCUGGUUUUAUAGUCCCUCUGACUCCACCUGGGUCCUGAUUGGGUAACCUGUUUAACUAUUUCACCUCCAGCACUCUCUCAUAUGUUAACAUCACAGAGGCCAACAGCACCAAGAGGGCCGCAGGUAUCUCAUUAUUGUUGCCACAGCACAAAAUCCUUCCACUCCUUUCCUGCUCCAUAAGCUUUACUCUGCUCCAUUAUUCAUAUUUAAUCUUUGUAAUGUUAUAAUUUGGUUUCAAUUUAUUUCAGCACCUGCUCAUGAUGCCACUAGAUGGUGAAUAUGAUACGGUCAUCAAUUAUCUCCUAGGUUUUUUUUAUGUUUGUAUUGCAUUGUAUAGGAUAUAUGGAGAACUAUAAUUAAUUUUUUUACUGCUUUCUUUCACUGCACCCUUUCUCGCUAGGGAUCUUACACUUCCAUUACUAAACCAAACAAACACUACUGGUGUUUCCGCAGUAUAAACAGCUUCCAUUUUCUUCUUAAACCAGGCAGCCUUACUUAAACUAAUUUUAACCGCUUCAGUUGGGAGAAGUAGCCCAACUUUAGGGACCUGCAGAUCCAUGUAAAUAUGAUCGGUUGGGCUCUCUAAUUACCAUAUGUUGUAGGCAAUCAAUAGAGAUGAAUAUCUCAUUUCAUAUCCUGUUUGCGGGCUUCCCAGGGGCAGUUUUCUGCUGGAAGAUGCUAGAGGCUGCCCUCAUUAUCAAGGCAAUAUUUGCAUGCAUUCCACUUCAUAAACAUACUACUCACCAUGGUUGUAUACAUGUUCCCAUUCACUCAAGCAUCCAGUGCAUUCCCAUUGCUUGUUGAGGAAGCCACAUAAGCACUAUGUUAGCCACAAUCCAUAUCUAUCUAGCCUGUAGAUUCUUGACAAAUGCUGCAUUUUCAUGCAUUUCCCCCCAAAUCAGCUUCACUUUGAUUUGAAAAUGUAAACCACAUAAAGACAUCUACCUACCCUCGCCACCCACUGGUGUGGACAGAAAGCAGGCAAACACAUUCAACCAUACUAACGUGUACAACAAUGUACAAAGGCUGUUUGAAACUCAGCAGGAGAAAACCACCUUGCUAUGUUUUAAGCUGGUAAUGUGUGCACAAUCCAUUUAUACAAAAGCUAGAGAAUGCAAGAGUCAUGAUAGAGAAUGCAAAAGUCAUGAAGAGGCCACUGUGAACAUAAAUUGCACUGACCAUAUAUGUGUCCCUGCGCGCGCACACACACACACACACACACACACACAGAGGCAGUAGGGAUUUUCAUUUUUUCCCGUUCUUUUAUGGGCCUCAGGUCUUUAGUUAUGCAUAGAGCUCAGGUGGUACUGGUACUCAUCUGAAAAGUAUUUUGGGGAUUGGGGGCACUAGGGCACCACCAGUUGAGAUGUUAUCUUGUGCCAGAUCACUUGAAGGCAGAAAAAAAAAAACUUUAUCAUUUUCUAAAUGUCAGCUCCUCUCCUUCUGUGGAGGGGGACAAUUCUCCUUCUGGCUCAGCUAGCUUGAAUCUUAGAUUAGUCAUUCAUGCAAAAUUCAAGGCCAAAGGAGUGAGUUGUUUAGUAGUUCACUCAUCUUAAGUCUGUUAUUAGUAGAGUUGUGACCUUAUUGUUUGUAAGAGCCUAGUGUGCUUACUUAGCCAGCCUCAGGUAGGCCUAGCCCCCCCCCCCAAUCAAUACAUCUUUCAUAUGAGUACCAAUGGUACCUUCUCCAGUAGCACAGUUGGUAUGAGUGAAGGGUGGCAGCUUAGCAGAAAAAGAGGAUUUUUGGAUACACUUGUGGUGGUAUGCUGGCUUUUAGGUGGUGUUUCUGUUUGGCUUCCAAGCAGCCAGAUUCAACAAUUUUGAUUCUGGGUGCCUGAGAAAGCAUUGUGUGAGCAGAUCUGGGAUCACAAAUAGCAUCCAAGAUGGUGAUUUAUAUCAGGGGUAGGCAACCUAAGGCCCAGGGGCCGGAUGCGGCCCAAGCACCUUCUCAAUCCAGCCUGCGGACGGUUCGGGAAUCAGUGUGUUUUUACAUGAGUAGAAUGUGUACUUUUAUUUAAAAUUCAUCCCUGGGUUAUUUGUGGGGCCUGUCUAGUGUUUUUACAUGAGUAGAAUGUGUGCUUUUAUUUAAAAUGCAUCUCUGGGUUAUUUGUGGGGCAUAGGAAUUUGUUCAUAUUUUUUAAAAAAUAUAGUCUGGCCCCCCUCAAGGUCUGAGGGAUGGUGGACUGGCCCAUGGCUGAAAAAGGUUGCUGACCCCUGAUUUAUAUCUUGCUCUUCCUCCCAAAGGCACCCAUGCCAUUCCUUUCUUCCAUGUCAUUUCUUAAUCGAAAUUGCUUUUCCACCCCACCCCAAAGCUGCCACCAGCCCUGCUGGGGGAAAAUACAGAUAGCUCUACCAUGUUUGGGAUUUUUCUCAGUUUGGUAAUAGCAAAAUUGUGGGGGGAGGAUUUAAAUGGAGAAAACAGCAGAGGAAAAUGUUUCAACCUACACUCCCUCACUAUCACUGCUCCUACAAAAACUGGGUAUCCCCUUAUGGCUGCUUUAAAGUUUAACAAUAAAAAGUUGGGAAAUGCAAUCAUGAAUCGACUGCAUCACAUCUGUUUUGGCCCUUAGAUUCAAUUUCCAUUUUCCUUAGAUACUAAUUUCAUCUUAUAAAAACUCCACAAGCAGCUAUCUUUUAGAAAGCAUACUGAAAGCAAAGCAAUAUAUUUGCUAAUAUUAGACUGUGCUGGCAAUAUGUUGUUUUAGAGAGCAUUUAAAAGUGUGAAUGAGAAAUAAGGUCAAGUAACUUUUUGCACAGUAUGUUCUCUAUAAAAAGUAUGCACCUUUUUCUAUUUGAAGUAUUUACUAAACAUUUACAUGCAGUUCCCUCAGGGUUUCACUACAAACACUGCAAACAUUCUGUGUGAGACACAGCAUUCAGAAUGUGCCGCCUCGGGCACAUGGCCAACUAUGUACUGCCAUUUGCAUAAUCUCAGCCACUUAUAGCCUUGACAUUGUGACAUAUACUUGUUUCCAUACACAGCAGUCACUUCACAAUAAAAGAUCCCUGUAUAUGGCCUUGCACUUACAGAAGCCAGAUCACAUCAUGGUCCCUAGAUGUUAGCAUUUCCCUAGUGUGUGCUCCAUACCCUGCAGCUGUAUAGAGUACCUUUACCUCCCACAUCGCCAUUGUCGAAAACAGAGAGAGAAAUAAUUUCCACCAUAUUCUAUAUGUCUAACUUACCCACCUCAGAUUUCUCAGCCUGGAGAAGCUAACUCCCAAGGCUCAAUUCAUACACAGAGGCAAGGCCCAUGCCAUUUAGAACAAUAACACACUGCCUUUCAUUUGAAUUCAUCCAAAGAGUGUCAACUCUAGGUUUUUGAGGUUCCUUGCACUAGAUACUCUCCAUUAUCCCUCUCCAUCAGAAAGUCUCAACACCAUUUUCACUAGUUGCUCCUGCUGCUGCUCUUCUUCUUCUUCUUCACCACCACCACCACCAUCAUAGCUACCACCUGCCUGCUCACGAGGCAGAGCGACAAGCAGGCAGUGGCAUUUGCUGCUCCUCUUCCUGGUAGAGCUUUCCUGACAGAACAGACAUGUUCACCUGUCACAACAGUAUCAGUAGGUCAACCUAACAUAGGUCACCCUGGAUCCAACUUUGUGGGAUGUAUUAUCCAGUAAAUACGUGGCAAAAUGUUGACUGAGAGAUUUCAGCUAAGUAAAGGUUCCUCUGGGCUGAGCUCAGUGAAGGCCACAUUUGAUCCUUAUGAAACCACAGAUAUUUGCAGACAUGACCUCUGCUGCAGUCCCAUUUGCUCCACCAAAAGCUCAUUGUUAAAUGCUGAUGCCAAUAAAAUUGAUCCCUCCAAAAAAGGCAUUUACCAAAGAGAUACAGAAAGGGUGUGAAUACUACUGUGAAGUAUUAUCAACUUGCAAAUUUACACCUAGGAUACUAGACAUUCACAAAUGAGUUUCCUAUAUGCUAUGACUCAACCAUGAGCAGAGAAGCUGCUCAUUUGAUGGUCAUUUCAGGAGCUUCAGCACUGGGAUAAAAUAUAAGUGGGAUUUUCUACUCUGAACAACUGUGUGGCAUAAAGCUAAGGCAAAACACAAUUGGACAGAGGAAUCACAAGUAAAUCACUGUCACUGCUCAACAUCAUCUCAGUCCUUAUCUCAUUUAUUAAGAUGUCACAUUUUCUGCCUGACUUGGUUUAAGGCAGGUACCACUUAGGACAGUUCUUAGCAACCCUUGCUACAGAUACUGAAAAGACUCAACUCAGAGCUACAGCUGUCCAAGGUGGACAAAGCAAUGCAAAACUUUAAUUCCCAGGCAAUCCCAAACACACUGGCAUUAAUACAGUUUGGCUGUUCCAAUUUGCUAGGGGCAAACGAUGCUAUCAAACCAGCCCCUUAACAGCCACUUGGGCUAUCAAGGAUUUCUGUCUGGCCAUCAUCACACAGCAUCUCAACGAAUCAUCACCUUACCUUUGCAGGCCACAUUAUUCUCGGGCUCAUAUCCAGCCUUGCAGGUACAGCGGCCAAUGGGAACCAUCCACUCCCCAUCACCAUUGCAGUACAACUUAAUGGGCACAUCCACCUCCUCGGCAUUCGGGAUGCACGUGCCCCGUGCAAUCACUAGGGAGGUGCUCUCUGCUCCUGUCAUCGUCUCUGGGAAGAUGGCAAAAUUCUGCACCACGCUGGGGCAUUUCUUAAAGAAGACCCUCACCGACAGCAGUGACAUGCACGCCCCAUAAUCCUGAAAGGCCAGGUAAAAGCCGUUGCGAUUGAGGGGACCAAAGCUCCUCACCUCUGUGUUCACCUUCAUCAACCUGCCACCAAAGUCCACCUGAGAGAAGCUCUCGUCUGCAGCGAUGGUGUCCACCUUGAGGUAAGGGGCCUCUGUCCAGAAGGCUGACUUCUUGGUGGCGAUGACAGAGUCUGUCUCAUAGUAAUACAGGUUGAAGGUUUCCUUGCAGGAACCAGGGACAUUUGGGAGGCUGCUGCAGUCCCUCACCGUGAAGCGCAUCUCUGUGUAG